AUGCAAUUCACACCAUUGAACAAGAAUGGUUCCAUCAAAAGACAAAGAGAGGCAACGCUGGUUGAACAGCGGCCCCUGAAGAAAUGCUCGCCCACGCCGAGUGAAAUCGAUGCGGCAAAUGAUGCAAUCGAGUCAGACUCAAGACACUUUAAAAUCGCCUCGCCGAUCAGAGAUGUGCUCAAGAAAUGCAGCGCCAUUCGUCACUGUCGCAGUAAGAAACGCGAGGACCAGCUGCGAGCAAAUGGCAAAAGCCAUUGCGAGUCGUAUCCUGUAGGUACUAGUUUUCCAGUAACGCCGGAGUCUUCUCCUCUAAGAAGGAAAAGAGGCAGCGCAUACUGGGACUCCAAGAGAAUUCAGUCUACCGGUCGUUUGGCUAUCUCUUCUCCAACGUCGACAGAAAAUGCUGAAAAUCAGUCCUUGAGCCAAGAUUUCGCCGAUCUAUCGCUAACACUGAGCGGUAGUAUUGGAAAACGGAUUGAUUUUUCCAAUCGUGCAAGCAGGACGCAUGAAAUUUUUCAAAUUAAGGAAAUAUUAGCAAAUAUUCUCAGGUUUGUCAGCCUUGACAGUGAUGUACCGCACGAGAAGUCGUGCUCUAGAAGAAGACCGCUUUCAUAUAAGCACGCAUUGCUAAUUUACAAAGAUGAGAAAAAGGCUCGUCAAGCUUGGCAUGAAUGUACCGAAUCAACCACAUCAAACUCUGAGUUGAAGAGGGAGGGAAAAGAAGAUUCGCUGCUGUACAACUGCUUAUUCGUAAACAGGUUAUGGCACUCAGUCACUCUCGGGGUGCUUUUGAAAAAAGUAUAUUUCAAGCAUCCUCAACAUUACAGCAAGUUUAUUGACAAAUAUUCUGGAGAUUGUAAUCAAAUAGUUAGCAGGCCGUCAAUUUUUGUCUUGCAUAAAUUCCAUAAGCUUUUGCAAAAUGAUCUGGAUAAAAUGGCUACUAUUUUAGCUCCAGAUAAUAUAAGUUGGUUGGAGCUUUACAUUUGUCCAAAUGUAAUUCCUCCUUUUUCAUGGAUUUCAAGACUUAAAUCCUUGGAAAGAUUAAUCAUGCCAGGAAGCAAAGUUAUCAACGACAAUUUUCUAUUUGAAAUUUCUGCAAAUGCUUCAAAACUGAAAAUUCUCGAUUUGAGAGCUUGUGAUAAUAUAACAGAUGCAGGUGUCAUUGCGAUAGCCCUCAAAUGUCCACAGUUGCAAAGUUGUAAUUUGGGUAGACAUAGAAACGGAACAAAUAUUACAAGCGUUUCCGUGAUUGCAUUGGCUGAACAUACUCAAAUUGAGACCCUUGGCGUUGCGGGCUGUGAAAUUACUGAUGCGGGCAUCUGGGAACUGGCUCAACAAAGGGGUAAACAUAUCAAAAGGUUAUCGUUGAACAACUGUAGUCUCCUGACAAACCACUCUAUACCCACAUUAUUUGCAUUCAACUAUUUUCCGAACUUGUCGGUACUAGAAAUAAGAAAUCUCGCGCAUAUAAGCGAUUUACGACAUUUGGCGCAAUUCAAACUUUGGAAGAAUUCUCGUAAAAUCCCCAUCUUAAUCGAAGGUUGUGAACGAAUAACAAAACUUUUGCAUGACGAAGAGGCAAAAAUCAAACGAAUGAGACUUGUUAUGGCGAUGCAUGAUAUGAACUACUGGAUAAAUAAGGUAGAGGAAUAA